AAAGAUUUCAAAAUUACUUUUAGAAAAAAGGAAUACAAACAAGAAGCCAAGGAAAGGAGAAAUAAAAAAGUCACUGUUACUAAUGUUACCAAUAUUCCCAAUAAUUCCAAUAAUAGUUCAAACAAAGUUAUAAAUAAUUUUGAAGAAAAAUUCCAAGAUAAUAAUAAAAAUAAUAAUAUACCAAAAGAAACGGUUAUAUAUGUUGAUGCAGUAUCAUCAAUUGAUUCUCAAGAUAAUAAAAAUAUUUCUCGAAUUAUUGAUAAUAGUAAAUUUUCUCUAGAAAUAACCAAUGUAUCCAAUGAUAUUAAAGAUGAAACAUCAACAACAAUUUAUACCACACCUAAAGAUCUUUUAAAAAAUCAAAAUGUUUGGCGUCAAAAAAUAAGAGCAGAACGGGAAGCCGAUUUAAAAAAAUUACAAGAAACUUCGGGAAUUUUAUCAUUAUCAUCUACAAAAUGUAUGAUACCACCUGAUUAUAGAGGAUUAAAACGAGAAAGAGGAAUUGAGAAAUUUAAUUUAUUACAAAAACGAAAACGACAAGAAAGAUUAAAUCAUUUAAUUGAUUUAUAUCAUCGUACAUCAAGUUUUGUAACAUUAAAUAAUUUAGAUUCUAAAAUUGAUGAAGCUUUUAAUAAAACACAACGAGUUUACACGAAUACAUUAGAUGAUAUGCAAAUGGAUUAUAAUGAAAUGGGAGGUGGAGUUAGUGAUGAAGAAGUAUUAAAAAGAUUAAAUCAAAUUUAUGAUAUAUUAGAAGGAACUUCACAUGGAAAAAAAUAUCCUGGAUCAGAUCAAAUCAUAAAACCCAACCCUCCUCCUGAUUCUCUUGGUUCUAAUUCUAAAGAUAAAGAGUAUGAAAAUAAGGUAAAAGUUGAAGAAAUAGAGAAAAUUGAUGAGGAAACAGAUUUGGGAUUACUUUCUUUGUUAAAAGAUGAUGAAAUUGAUAAAACUUAUAAAAUUGACAAAAUUGAUUGA